CCUUGAGCAACCAUUUAAACAGUAAAAUUGUGGUGGCUUUCAUUUCACUGGCGCAUUUUGAUUAAUUUGCCCAGCUGGAUACUUGUCAGGUGCUGUUAAGAUUUUUAUUCCAUAUCAACUAAGUUCCUGGGUUGUUCCAGACUCCUAUUUGGGACGGAUCUACCCGUCAUAUAAGGGUAGCUGUAUCAGGCCUCGGGUGAAUGGCAAAAGGUCGCCGUUCUUCUGACUCUGACUCGGAUAGUGAUGGUGACGUAGAGUGGUUGCAGUCACGCCGGAAACAAAAAAACCCGAUACUGUGUAAUGAGAAUAUGCACCACGCAUUGGUAACUGGGAUCGAGGAAGGGGAGGUAUCUAGUGAUGAUCUUGACGAGGAUGAAGAUGAUGGUUUAGAUGACAAUUUGAUUGGUGGUGAAGAUGAUAAACGGAGGCUGGCCAAAAUGAGUGAGAAAGAAAGAGAGGAGGAACUAUUUAAGCGGGCUGAAAGACGAGAUGCUAUACGUGCACGAAGAGCUGUAAAACAAAAGCUGAGGGAGAAAAAAGAGAAAGAAAGGGCCCAGCGAGCGGCUUCAUUAUCUAAGCAGGCUGCUGCAGAUAUGAACAAAUCAAAGAAAUCUGCUUACCAUAAUGUUUUCUCAGACAGUGACGAAGCAGGCAACAGCGAUUCGAGUGGCGGUUUUGGACCAAAGGGCUUGAGACAACGCAAACUCGCUUUAGAAAAAAAGAAGGUACAACACAGUGGUAAAUUCCAAGAACUAAUCGAACAUCGGAAACGGAUGGCUGCAAAAAAGCGUCGUACCCAUUCAGGGGAAAGAGAUAGGUCUGGCCAAAACAGUGCGGAGAGUUCAUCAGACACUGACGGUGACAGCCCACAAGCACGUACAGGAGCUGGAAAGAAACACCAAUCCAUGUCGCAGCGUGUAUUUUCUUCAGGCGCAUCAGACUCUUCUGAUUCAGACCGAGCUGGUUCCCGUCCUGUGACUAGGCGCCCAAGCUUCUCAAGUUUGUCAGGCUCGCAGAGAUCGGGUUCAUCAAGUGAAGAUGAUGCUCGAGGUAGAAGUCGUUCGCCUGAAGAAGAGUUAGUAUCUUCUUUGGAACAUCUUUCCCGUAUUCGACUGUCUCGUUUCAAAAUGGAAAAGUGGGUUCACAUGCCGUUUUUCGAUAACUUGGUCAAGGGAUGUUUUGUGCGUAUCAAUAUAGGAUUACAUCAAGGAGUACCAGUUUAUCGUUGUGCUGAAAUUGUUGAUGUUGUAGAGACUCCGAAAAUAUAUGAUCUUGGUUCUACUCGGACCAACAAAGGAAUUGUUGUUCGUGUGGGUAAAGAUCAAAGUACAUUUCGUUUGGCAUUUAUUUCAAAUUCUGAAUUUCAACAAGAUGAGUUCGAUAGUUGGAUGAGACGUUUACAACUUGCAAAUAUGAAACCUCCCACGUUAAAUUUUGUUCGUGACAAAGCUGCUGAGAUUACUGAAGCAAUUAAUCGACCUAUUCGAGAUGAACGAGUUGUUGAACAGAUUAUACAGUCAAAACGUCGGUUUCAAAAAGCUCCAACAAAUUUUGCUCUUCGUAAAGCUGAAUUAAUUAAACAAAGAGAACAAGCAGAAGCCGACGGGGAUACAGAAUUAUUAAAGCAUCUAGAUAUUGAAAUAGAAGAAAUUGAAUCUCAAGCUGAACGUAUUGAAAGACGUCGAACUUCAGGUUUUAAAUCGAUUACAUCCAUUAAUCAACGUAAUCGUGCUCUGAGUGUACAACAAGCUGAAGAAGCAAUUCGCCAGGAAAGUGAAGAAGCCAUGAAAUCAAAGGAAGAGGAUCCAUUCACACGAGUCCAUUCUCAACCAGUAAUUGUAACAAAGAAGUAUUUAGAGAAUUUACGUCAUAAAAGGCUCGGUGCUUCACAACCCGAUGCCUCCAGAACUUCGUGUGAUUUAAAUCAAAGUAUUCCACCGCUCCCACCAACUCCACAGUCAGAUUUAAGCCUUUCAUCUAAAUCUUCAUUGUUAAACACACCAGUGGGAAGUAGCAGUGUAUUAACUGAAGCACCGGAUUCUGUUUGCUGGUCACUGGGAGAUGAUAACAGCAAUUUAUCUACACCACACGAGUCUCUGCAUGCAAUACAUAAUUUUGAAAUUAAUAUUGACUUGGAUUUAGACAGUAAUACUGAUCAACCGAAUUCUAGUAACCGGACAACAGCUUCAACGAAUGCUGAUGUUCGACAGUCUACUAGUCCGAGACCACGUGGUGGUACUGCUAACUCUAGUAAUCAUGAUUUUAUAAAUGGUAGUCCACAGACACCAAUAAUGAAUGGUCCAUCUGGAAAACCAAAUCGUCGGCUGUUAAACUUACAAGAAUACAAAAAACGUCAUGGUUUGAUUUGACCACCAUUAUUAUUAUUAUUAUUUAGUAUAGAUAUGUUAACAUACUGCUUUUAAAAAAGAAUCCUAACUGUCUUUUUCUUUCUUUAUUACCUCUCUUUGUUUUUUUUUUCUAUGUGAUUUUUUCUUAAUCUCAAUAUUUUGAUUGUUUUUUUGUGACUUCUAUGUAUGCAUGCAUGCCUGCCUACCUGUGUAAUGUAUAUAGGCGCUUAUGGGGUCAGAACACCUUGUCUAUACUUUUAACUUUUCCUUCUUUUUAAAUGUACAUAAGAGAGAAAGUUAAUCAUGAA